ACGUUACUGGUAAUAUCAAUAAAAAAAAUUACCCAUUUCCAGAAAAAGAUAACCUUAUUUAUAAGAAGGUACUUUAAAAAAAGGUACCUUCAAAAAAGAAGUGGGAGAGGUACUUUGGUUACACAAUAACACACUAUUUACUUGGGCACAAGAACGAUGUCACAAAACGAAUAAAAAAGCCACAAAAUACCGAUACCUAUUCGACAACGGUUAAAUAACCUUUGGAAAGCCGUUUUCAGAACAAGGAAUAGUUGACUACGCUCGUGUCUUACCGACGCAAUCUAACCAAAGAAUUAAAAGAUUUCUGGUAUUUAUUUACCAGAAAAUCAAAUUGCAAUUACUAUAAAAACAGCAAUGAAUAGUAUCGGGGAAGAAUGUACAGAAUUAAAGAAAAAGUACGACGAUUGCUUCAAUACUUGGUUUACUGAAAGAUUUUUGAAGGGUGAUCAUGAUGAUUCAGUGUGUGCAGGAAUUUUCAAAAUCUAUCAAGAAUGCGUCAAGAAUGCUAUGAAACAACAAAAUAUUGACUUCAAGGAAAUUGACAAGGAUAUUCUUGGCACUGAAAAUGAAUACAAAGUUCCACCCGAAAGUUCGAGUUGACAGAAAUUUAACCUCAUAUGUGCUCUCAAUACUGCAACAUGUUGGAAUAUUUUCAAUGGAAAUAUGGAAAGCCAUUUGAAUAAAUUAGAAAAUAACGACAAAACAGAUGUAGAGAGUAUGUAGAUAAAUGAAUUUUAGAUCUUGUUUUGUCAGUAAGGCUUGUUCUAAUAAAUCUUAGAAAUAUUAUUAUAAGCUACUAAUGAUGGGAAAGACUUACCUGCAUUUAUUAAUUAAAUUAUUAUUUCUGUUAUGUCAAAAACUCAGGAGAUAAAUUAGGGGACAAAUGAAAUAUUAAUCAUAUGUUAGUGUUAAUAUUAGUUGAAUCCUGCAACACUUUUUCAUUCUAGUAUUAUUGUCCUUACUACAACCAUUGUUUUAUCCUUUGGACAGAGUUUAGGAGAAUUAUUUAAUAUGUGAUAACAAUAAUUAUGAUAUCAUGCGAUAUGGGAUACAGGAAAUAUGUUAGCUGCAAAUAGUACAAAGUUGUAAAAAUAUAUGUGUCAGCAUUCUA